UCAGCUCUUGUUGUCUCUGCUUCAUUGUGAAAUCGUCUCUCGAGAGAAAUAGUAGUCCGUGUCUCUGUGAAAAGUAUUCGAAAACUUAAAUUUUCAAUUUUUUCUUUUCGUCACGCUCUGAUCAACAAGAAGUAAAAUGGCUCGUACCAAGCAGACAGCUCGUAAAUCAACUGGAGGUAAAGCUCCUCGCAAGCAGCUGGCUACCAAGGCUGCCCGUAAGUCGGCGCCAUCUAGCGGUGGAGUUAAGAAGCCCCAUCGUUAUCGUCCUGGUACCGUCGCUCUUCGUGAGAUCCGUCGUUACCAGAAGUCCACUGAGUUGCUUAUCCGCAAGCUGCCCUUCCAGCGUUUGGUGCGUGAAAUCGCCCAGGAUUUCAAGACCGAUUUGCGUUUCCAGUCGGCUGCCAUUGGCGCCCUGCAGGAAGCAUCUGAGGCCUAUUUGGUUGGCUUGUUUGAGGACACCAACUUGUGCGCCAUUCACGCCAAGCGUGUGACCAUUAUGCCCAAGGAUAUUCAGUUGGCGCGUCGCAUUCGUGGCGAGCGUGCUUAAGAAGGAGGAGGUUAUAUCGUUAAAACACAAACAAACACAACAAUUACAACCACAACACACAAAACAAAUCACAUUCUUCAUAUAUUACAUCAAUUCUUGUGCUUACAACAAGUUUGUCGCAAGGUUCGAAAAGCACAACAUCAAAAUGAAGCGGAAAAACACAACAUCAACAAUUUAACAAUAUUUGUCAAUUUAAGCUUGAUUUCAUUAUAACUUUCGCCAGCGUUAUGUGUAACAUUCAUAUGUCUAAAUAUAUACCUGAAUGUAUUUCCGACUAUAUAAUGUAGUCAUAUGUAGUAAUGCAGUUGUAAAACAGAUAAUUUGUUUUAAAAAUGCAUCACUGUAUAUAUGCUGAAUAUAUUUGUGUGUAUAUCCAGAUCAUAUAGGCUUAUAGAAAAGCGCGCGUGCGAAGGCAAAAACAACAUAAUCUAUAUAUGAAUAUUAUAAUUAAUAACUGUAAUUCUUAUCAUUAUUAUUAUUAUUGCUAUUAUAAAUAUGUAUAUUAGUUCAUAAGUUUGUGUGUCGCCCGCUGCUCGCCUUGCAUUUUGAAUAACGUGCCACGUGCAACGAGUUGCCAUUAGAAGAGUUGCACUCUAAACUGUAUGCGGCGCAAUGGUCAAACAAGCAUCCGAAUGAAGCCACUGUGUGGCAGCGCAGACCGCAAAGUGACGUGCAACGCAAACAAAAUUUGGAUUCACGUUUGCUUGCCACAAGACGCAACGCCAACAGCGGGCGGCCAGGCUGAUCAGACAACAACAUCUCCGUCCAAAUUGGCCAACAAACAGCGAAAAAAAACAUCAGAAAUGAGUACACAUAAAAAGCGAAAAAGAAGAAAGCUGCAUCUAUAUAUAUAUCUAUAUAUAUUAUUAUUAUUUUUACUAUUAUUACAUCUUUUUUUCCACUUAAUCUAACAUAAUUUUUGAGUAAACACACACACACAACUUAACAUAUAAUACUAAAAAUAUAUAUAUAAAUGUAACGAAAGAAGAUAUGAAGAAGAAAAAAACCAUUUGGAUUGGGCCCAUCUGGGGCCGUGGUAGUUGAUUAAAUAAGUUUUAGAUUUAAAUGCAUUUUAUACGUUUAGACAAGAUUAUAACCACAACAACAACAUUAAAAAAACAAUCAAUAUUUACAACAAGAGAAAAAAAAGUAAUACAAAUGCAAAGCACAUUUUUGAGAAUAGAACUUAAAAUCAAACCAUCAUCUCAAUAAAAACAACUUGUAAUAGAAUUCUCUUAAAAUAAUAUAUUCAAAAUGUGAAACACGAUCCGAUGUGAGAUCAUCUGUAUCUAUUCAAUAUAUAUAUUGUAAUACACGCAAGUAAUUCAUACGAUAUAUUAACUUGACAAAUAACCCCUCCAAUAAUAAUAAACCAAAAGUACAGAGAUUUACAUUGUUUUGUUGCAUUCAACAACAUACAACAAAAAUGAAGAAAAACGAAAAAAAAAACAAAAAAAAUUGCUGUUUUAAAUAACAUUGAAAUCCAUCUUCAAUAGAACAUGCAGACAAAAAUCCCUAAAAAAAAAAUAAAAAAAAUUAAAUAAACGGUUUUUUCUAGAGAAAAAACCAAAAAAUACAAA